AUGCGUUUCGCUACCCUGGUCGCUGCUCUUCUGCCCAUCGGCUCCGUUCUCGCGACUAUUCACACGAUUAAGGUCGGCGAGAACGACACGCUGACGUACGACCCGCCCUCAGUGAACGCCACCGUUGGGGAUCAGCUGGUGUUCCAGUUCGUCGCGCUGAACCACACCAUCACUCAAUCGACCUUUGCCGCCCCGUGUUCCAACUUCACGUUCCCUAAUGGCACUACUGGUGUUGACUCUGGCUUCCAGUUCGUCGCAAAGAAUGCGACCGACUUUCCCACGUUCACUAUGACUGUCAUGAACACGAGUGCACCCCUUUGGUUCUACUGCCGUCAGACUGGUCAUUGUGAGAAGGGCAUGGUUUUCGCUGUUAACCCCACAGCCUCGAAGAGCUUCGAGGCUUUCCAGGCUGCCGCGAUGAAGACGACUACGAACACGACUUCGAGCGGGACGUCGGGCUCAUCGGGCUCGUCGGGCUCGGGUACAGCCACCGACUCUGCUUCGACGUCUACGUCGACAUCGACCAAAGCCAAUGGCGCUGCCGCGCUGGAGGUUCGCAAUGUCGUGACGUUGUUGGGCGCGGCUGUGAACGAUCUCUCAUCUCGCCGUCUCGUUUGUGGGCAUACAGCGACCAGAGAGACCCAUACUUCACUACCUGUCGAACGCGUAGGCUCAGAUGGACGCACAGGCUCAGAUGGACGUACAGGCUCGGAUGGACAAGGUAGUACCAAUCUAACGAAACUGUCUGACGCAUCGACUGAUAGUUACGAACCGCAGGUUCUCCUGCAAGCGUAUACAACUUCGCAGGCGGUAGCGAACUUGCUGGGGUCUGGGAUAGCUCAUCCCGCGAACCCUUCGCCAGAAGAGCUCGGUAACGGGCUCAGGGCGAUGCUUGCUUCCCAAGACGCCGUUCGCGAGAUAACCGAACAUCUGGAGGGCGUGGACGCGAGAUGGAUGAUCGAUGUCCUGGACUGCGCUGAGCCCAUCUUGGGCAGCGAAGCGGGUUUCAGGGCACGCAUAUUCCAUAUCCUAAGAAAGCUCUGUGGACGGACCGGACGCCUUCCAACGUCGUGUUAUAUAUCAAGAAGUAAAAUAGAAGAGACAGAUGGAAAGCCGAAGGGACGCGGGGCCUACGGCAUCGUGUUUCAAGGUAGCUACGACGGAAAAGUGGUUGCGAUGAAGCUUCUAAUGAAGUGUGACAUUGUGAACCAUAUGUGGUUCAAGGAAGCAGUUGUGUGGCGUUUUAUAAAGCAUACCAACAUUGUGCCGUUUCUAGGAGUGGAAGAGGAUGGCGAUUCGCUGUCCUUGAUCAGUGAAUGGAUGCCCGGUGAAGACACACGGAAAUAUAUCAAGACUCACCCGGACUCGAAUCGUCUGUCUUUAAUCAUGGAUGCUGCCCAAGGUUUGCUUUAUUUGCACGAGACUGGAAUUGUGCACGGUGACUUGAAGAGUACCAACAUCUUGGUGGACAUCGAUGGCAGGGCGCGACUAGCGGACUUUGGCCUAGCACGCGUUGUAUACAAUAAUGAAAGUUUCAACCAUGAAAGCAAUGCGAUCCCCAAGCAAGGCGCCCUCGUCUGGUCUGCUCCAGAACUCCUGGCUCCUGGACGCUUCGGAUUGGAAGAUCAAGAUCCUAGCCAAGAGAGCGAUGUCUAUGCGUUCGCAAUGGUCAUUUGGGAGAUCUUCACUGGCGUAUAUCCGUACAGUGGAGAUGUUAUGGCUGCAUAUUCGAUUUUGAAUGGCAUACGUCCUCCGCGGCCCGCAGAUGCGACGGAACUUGGGCUUUCGGACAGCAUAUGGCACCUGAUGGAACGAUGCUGGGAUCAAGACAGGCACAAUAGGCCCACAAUGGAGAUAGUCGUGGAGGAGUUGCGGCGUGCUAUCGCUCGACCAGAAGGCGAUAGUUGGGCGUGUAAAAGUACGCAGCCCAUGCCGCUCGAUCGGAGCGCACACAUCUCCCUAUCGUCGACAAUCUUGACGGCGCUGGUGAGCUCAAUCACGACCGAUGAGCACAGAAAUCGAUUUGAGCAAGGUAAAUUCACAUGGGGACCGUUAACGGUCAGCAUGACAUGUUUAAAUCAGCAGAAGCAGCUCCUACAUCCGAAUGUGCCUGGGAUAGCCGAUCCCACGAAGGUCUCUCCAGAAGAAAUAAUGACCGGGAUCAGGAAGAUGCUUGCAACCGAAGGCACUGUCAGAUCCCUGUAUAGUCUCCGGGGAAGCGACGCCAUUUCUAUAGCCAACCUCUUAGAUUGCGCUAUGUCUUUGCUCGAUGUUGACAUAGAAUUAGAUGACAAGCUACGGAAGACGGCAUUCCACGUACUCAGGAGGCUCUGUGCAGAAAGUGAAUGCCUUCCCGCCUCGUUUUAUAUCCCAUCCAGCCAGAUGCAAAGGGUCGGCGAGGAACCCGUGGGUCAUGGGAGUUUUGGGAUCGUGUACCGUGGGCUUUAUGGAAGCCAGGAUGUCGCCAUAAAGCUCUUGCAAAAAUCCACAGUUGCGAAGACAGAUGGAUACCCAUUCAUUUGCAAGGGAUUAUACAAGGAAGCCGUCGUCUGGAAAUAUCUAUCGCAUCCGAACAUCGUUCCAUUUUUGGGAGUAGAAGAUAGGGGGCUCUACCUGGGUUUGAUUAGUGAAUGGAUGCCCAGGGGACAUCUACAUAAUCACAUCCAGGCGCAUCCGGACGCGGAACGUCUUCCUCUGAUCAAUGUCCUAGUCGACGUUGAAGGGCACGCACGCCUUGCAGAUUUCGGCAUUUCGCGCAUUGUAUAUGCUACUGAUUCCGUCAACGCUAUGACUGCUGUAACCCCAGGGCAAGGUACCGUCUACUGGAUGGCUCCCGAGGUUCUUGACCCUGAACAGUAUGGAAUCAAUGAGAAAGAAGAUCCUAUGCCAGAGAGCGAUAUAUAUUCACUGGCAAUGUUAAUGUGGGAGAUCUUCACUGGCCACCGGCCGUUUGCGGAUGCUCGGACCAGUGCUGCAGUCACCUUCAGGAUACUUAGCGGAAAGCGUCCCCCACGGACACCAGCCGCGACAGCACGCGGGAUUUCUGACAGUUUAUGGGAGUUGAUGAAACAAUGCUGGGAUGAAGAUCGACAUAAAAGGCCUAAUAUGACGACGGUCAUCAAGGAGCUGCAGCGCGCGCUCGUAACAUCAUCUUCAUGCGCUUCUAGCGCAACACGCUCCAUGAACGAUGUAUUGGGACUCGCUGGAGGUACUUUGGACUACUUAAUCCUCUCGCUUGAAACUGAGCAUCAUCAUGAGAUUCUGCGCGCAAAGCUAAACAACCGAUCUUUCAUUACACCGACAUUGUUAGCGAGAUUACCCAGUAUCAAGGAUACCGACAAAUUCUCUCUGGAAAAGGUCAUGCAAGCAAUGAGAUUGUUCCUGACAUCGGAAGUCGAUGUACAAUCGAUACCCAAUUUAAAUGGCGAUGACGCACAGUGUAUGGCUGACCUCUUGGAUGGCGUUUUCUACAAAGAGGCUGUUGUCUGCCGGUAUCUCAGGCAUCCUAACAUUGUUCCAUUUCUGGGUGUGGAAAACAGACCAGAUCCUCGACUUCGCCUAGUCAGCGCAUGGAUGCCUGGUGGUUGUGUGCGAGAAUAUAUCAAAGGAAAUCCGAACUCAAAUCGUCAAUCCUUGGCCGAAAGAUGGGCGGCGCCCGAGGUUUUGGAGCCAGAUAAAUUUGGAGUGCCCGGUGUCAUCUUCGAGAGCGAUAUACAUUCGUUUGGGAUGGUAAUGCUGGAGAUCUUCUCCGGGGAAAUUCCCUAUUUCGACAUUUUACGCCCUACCAAUGUUAGGGCCAAGAUCGUUAAUGGUGAUCGUCCCUCGCGGCCUAACGCCACAGAUAUUGGGCUUUCUGAUGAAGUGUGGAAGCUCAUCGAACGCUGCUGGGAUCAGCACUGGGGAAACAGGCCCUCUAUGCUUUCAGUCGUCGAGGUCCUCCAGCAUGCAUUCAAGGUGGUGCUUGCCGUGAGCAUACCUGCCGCUCAACACCCAGCCAUUAUCGGCAAGCAUGGGAUACGCGUCAAAGCAUUACAGGAACGCACUGGCACACAGGUGUUAUUCCCUACCUACCGUCUUUACAAUACUGUUGGUACCCCCGAGAACCUUACCCAUAUGAUGAACCCUCCCGACAUUGUGAAGGUUGUCGGGAAACGCGCAGCGUGCAAGGUGGCGAUCGACCAGUUGCGCUACAGCCCUUUGUUUCUUGGCUCGAUGAGUUCAUUGACGUUCGGGCAACCGAGCAACCUCUUGGGCGGGCCCGCGGCAGCGCCCUUUCCCCUGUCGCAGGAGUCGGACAUAAAUCUCCAAGCCGCUUUUGAUCUCACAAGUCUACUGCUUGGGACAGACUCAGACGAGACUCAUUCCCCCGACGACCUCAAUGAAGAGAGUGAGUGGCGUGGUGACGAAUUCGGGGAAGCAGCAGCACUCGAGGGUCUUCUCAAUGUAAGCAACGGCAACACUGCAGAUCCAGAAUUCCCGGAUGUCUCGGAGCUGCUGAGACCAUACGCAUCUGAUGCCGUCUCGUCCGAGUCCUCUUCAACAUAUCUCCCCCCACUGCGCACAUCGACAUUCGAUGGCAAGCCGGUCGUCCUCAGGCGGAAACCUCGCCGUGAAGCGCGUCAGAAGCCUACUGAAGGAACCACCUGCGCUGCGGCGAGCUCGAGCGGCGGGAGCCAGUACUCGAAACUGCUGGAUGUACCGAUGCACCGUCUGCUCGACCAACUAUCUACCGACACAGCAAGACAGCUGUCGCGCGCGGAUGCCGAACACGCCACUCCCGGGCCGUCGCGACCUGUGCCGAGCGGCGAUGCGAGCCUAUGGGUGGACCGCUACCGCCCGCGCCGCUUCACGGAUCUCCUGGGCGACGACCGCGUGCACCGGGAGGUCAUGGCGUGGGUGAAGGAGUGGGACUACUGUGUCUUCGGCCGGCGGCAGGGGCGCGGCCAGAAGCGGCGGCGCGAGGAGGACACGGAGAACCUCGACGAAUGGCGGCGGCCAAGGGAAAAGGCGAAUCCUGCUUUUGUCCGGGCCACCGGGGAUGGGGAAGACGACCCUGGCACAUGUGGUAGCCCAGCAUGCAGGAUACAGUGUCUUCGAGAUCAACGCGAGGUAAUUGACGAGAGGCUCCGCCCUGCAUUGGAAACAGGCUCCGCUAUUGGCAGUGCAAGGCCUAUAUUGGCAGUCAUCGACGAGAUAGACGGUGCCACAGGUGGCACAGACAGCUCUGCCGGGUUUAUCCAGAAGCUCAUACAACUAACAUACGACAGACCAAAGAAAAAAGGUCGUAAAGCGGACCCGAAGGCGUCGCGCCCGCUGCUCCGCCCGAUCAUCUGCAUCUGCAACGACCUCUACGCGGGCUCGCUCGCAAAGCUCCGCGCGCACGCGCGCAUCGUGCGCUUCUCGCGCCCGAACGACGUCCUCCUCGUGCGGCGGCUGCGCGACAUCUGCGAGCGCGAGAGCCUCCGCGCGGACUCGCGCGCGCUGACCGCGCUCGUCGGUGCGGGCCCCCUCUUGUUCUCUCGCCGUGUGCGACCUGUGCCAAGCUAA